GCUAACAAGGGACUGCUAGAUGUUGGCGCUCACGUGCAGAUUAGGCCAGCAGUCUUCAGUCUUUCAUGGAUACAAGUUGCCUUUCUCUGAAAGCAGCUGGAGUCUUGUGCCUUGAGAAGGAAAACAAGCCACACCUGGGGGCCAUGUCCAGGAAGGCUGCGGUGACUCCAGCUACGACCUAGAGCUGCCAAAUUGUUUCCCAAAGAGCUUGUACCAGUCCAUGGCCACUAGCCAACACGUGAGUACCUCUCCACCCAGAUCCCUCCACCCCCGUCAGUGGUGCUAGGCUGUUGGAGAUCACUAGUAAGGCUGAAGCCUGCAGCAGGGCAGCCUCUGAGAUGACCCCAUGAUCCUAUGGGCCUCCCCUGGGGACUCAUACUGGACAGCAGGCGUGAAGUCCACUACUUUUCAGAGGAGGCUACAGAAAGACUCAGGCCUCCAUCUUGGGCCUUCCCUCUCGCUUCCUGGAUAGCUUGCUCUGACAACCACUGCUGCUGGCUUUCAAGGUGCCUGUGGAAAGGCUCACAUGGCAGAAAGUGGAGGUGGCUGUCCAGCUGCAGCCCUGAAAAUCGGGAAUCCUGCCUUGGCCUUGCCAGCAUAGCUAGGGCCCUACAGCUCUGGUUGAGCCCUCGGGUGACACCGCAGCCCCAGCCAGCAGUAAGACGUCAGCUCCACAAGAUGCCUGAGCCAGCCGUGCAUCUCCCAGGUCUGCGUGACUGUGAGGGGCAUUUUAGCCUCUGUUUCCACACGGUGCUGGGGAAGAGGCCCUUGUGGAGGCCACGCUCACACAGCCGGUUCCCUGCUCUCCCCGUACCCUCUGCAUCCCCCUGGCUGGACAGUUGGUGACCCAUGCUGUUCGGCUCUGAGACAGAACCGUGUCUGCAGUGACAUCAGCAUGUCAUCCUCAGUGAGGGCCCAGGCCCUGGAGGAGACCGAUCCCGGCUCUGAGGAGAAGCUGAGAGGAAAGUCUCUUCUCACCUGGGGUUCUCUUUUCGGUCAUCGGAGCGAAGGCAGCCCCAGUGAGAGCGUGCUGACCGUCACCAUCACAGAGACCACAGUCAUUGAGUCGGACCUGGGCGUGUGGAGCUCGAGGGCACUCCUUUACCUCACUCUCUGGUUCUUCUUCAGUUUCUGCACCCUCUUCCUCAACAAGUACAUCCUGUCGCUGCUGGAGGGCGAGCCCAGCAUGCUGGGUGCUGUGCAGAUGCUGUCAACCACGUUUAUCGGAUGUAUCAAAAUAUUUGUUCCUUGCUGUUUAUAUCAGCACAAAACCCGGCUUUCUUAUCCACCCAAUUUCAUCAUGACUAUGCUGUUUGUGGGUCUAAUGAGGUUUGCAACAGUGGUUUUGGGUUUGGUCAGCCUGAAAAAUGUGGCGGUUUCGUUUGCUGAGACGGUGAAGAGCUCCGCCCCCAUCUUCACCGUGAUCCUGUCUCGGAUGAUUCUAGGGGAGCACACUGGGUUGCUGGUCAACCUCUCUCUCAUCCCAGUCAUGGGAGGGCUGGCGCUGUGCACAGCCACUGAGAUGAGCUUCAAUAUCCUAGGGUUUUCAGCUGCGUUAUCCACCAACAUCAUGGACUGUUUGCAAAACGUUUUUUCAAAAAAGCUCCUCAGUGGGGACAAGUACAGGUUCUCGGCCCCGGAGCUGCAGUUCUACACCAGUGCUGCUGCCAUGGCCAUGCUAAUCCCAGCCUGGAUCUUCUUCAUGGAUGUGCCGGUAGUUGGGAGGAGUGGGAAGAGCUUCAGCUAUAGCCAGGACAUCGUGCUGCUGCUUCUCACUGAUGGUACCCUGUUCCACCUGCAGAGUGUUACGGCCUAUGCCCUCAUGGGGAAAAUCUCCCCUGUGACUUUCAGUGUCGCCAGCACAGUGAAGCACGCCUUGUCUAUCUGGCUCAGCAUCAUAGUUUUUGGCAACAAAAUCACCAGCCUGUCAGCCAUUGGCACUGUCCUGGUGACAGCCGGCGUCUUGCUCUACAACAGGGCCAAGCAGCACCAGCAGGAGGCCAUGCAGACCCUGGCCACAGCCAGCAGCCAGGCCCCGGGAGACACCAUGGAGCCCCUUGUUCCUAAGGACCCCAGACAGCAGCACUGAACUCAGGACACCCCUGCUCAGAGUCCUGGCCACCACUGUUGCUGUCAUCCCUGCUGGGGCUUGCCUGAAAAACAGCUGCAGAGACAGGCCGCAUGCAUGUGGAAGUGGCACUUGCUGCUCCUUAUUUUUUCAGUGGAAACUGAAAUGAGGGAUUCCAGGUGUCAGCUUCCCAGUCCACAGACAGAAGCUGAGCCCACACCCACACAAUGUGAAAACAGCCUCACUAGCCCCACACUGCAGGAGGAUGUCAGGAUAGCCCCGGCAGCUCCCAUGCUGGUCAGGCCCCUUCCCCAUGGCUUAUAACCACUGAGGUCCAGCAGAAAGAACUCUGCUUCCCCAUAGCAGCCGUGAAAGGCCACUGAAGCCCUGGGCCACCUGAGACUGGCUGCCACACUGCAACAUAGUCUGAGGCAUCCACAGCUCCUUACAGGACAGGGUGUGGGAUAAUAGGCUCGGGAGCAGAGUCUCCCCUCUCACCAGAGCAUCCCUCCCAAGCCACCAUGAGCCACACUCACCUUCACAGGCACCGUGUCAGGUCACGCUCUGGGGAGAGUGUGCGUGGAAGGGGCCCCUCAGAGCCUUCCAUGUUGAGUGAUCAACAGGGGCUGCUGACAUCCUAGUCCUUCUCUGGAUUCUGAGUGGCCUGGCAACCCUGAGGGCUCACGGCUUCUGCCCUCACCAUCAACCUCCCUGUUCAGUUCUCACUGUGCAGGCACAAGCAGCGGCCCACCAGGUAGAAUGUCGGUGUUUUUUUGCAGUUUGGUUACUCUGCGUUUAAAGUGAUGCCUUCAAAGAAAGAAGCAUCCAAAAGUUCUCUGGUGCAUUAUGUGUGCAGGUGGCCCUCACUGCUGGAUGGACCUUUGCUGCCUGGCUCUCCUAGAGGGACAGUGACGCUACAGGCCUGGGCCCACCAGGUGCGCUGAGCUCGUCCUUAACACAUGUCACUCAACCCCUAGGGCUGGAGAGCCUGUUGACUACAUGUUUGGCUAUGCCAGGUGUCAGGCCACAUGUCAAGCUGAGGCUUCUGUUUUGCAUCCUGAGGAAUUGAAUCAGGAUAUCACCUAUCGCCACCCAGCCUCAAGACACUGUCCACCUUCCAGACCUCUGUGACCUGUCGGACACAGCCACUGGGUGCUAAUUAUUCCCUGACUUUAAUUUCUUCUGCUGUUCAGGUCUUUGGUGGCCAUAAUCAGUUCACUAGUUUUCCGUCUGGCUUCCCACUUGGAAAAUAUGAAAACAGCCCCUCCUGAAGAUAAAAUCUCUCAGAAACAAAGCAAUAAUUACGUCUCAUAGUUCCUACCUACUUGAAAGUUUGCCGUGAUGAUGGACCAACUCCAAAUUCCUAGCCCGCUGGCCACCUGUGCAGGAGCUGACCUGAGUCUGGAGGGUGGCAAGUCCCCACCCACCUGAAUGGCUCGCUGCCCUUGCCCAGAACAGGUUUGCUCCUGUGAGUUUCCCAAGGUUUCUAUUUCCCAUACUCUUUUUCUGCUUUUGCCCACAAUGAAAGAGAAGAAAAUUCGGUGGAGUUGGCCAGGUGGGGAGGGAUGGCAGAUGGACCUACCUGUGAAACUGGAUGGAAAGACACCCCCCCCCCAAGAUGGGCAGCUGCUACAACAGGACUCAGACAGCUGCUACAACAGGAUUUAGGACAGGCGUCGCUGUGGUGGCUGGGGUCAGGGUCUCUGCUGUGGUUGGGGGCUAAGUAGAGGCCCAGCCACCUGGUUUCCAAGUGCUGUCCUGGGCUUUGCUGCCUCAUGGGGUCAUGAUGUUCCCUAUCGUGGCACCCCUUCCUUCCACUCUCACAAGCAGCUUUCAGCCUGUUUUUAUUUUCUAAAUUUGUGCACCAGAAACAAAAUUAACAUUUUCCUAAAUUAUUAGCAAGUAAAGAAAUUUUCCAUAAAGUUGCUUUUGAGACCUUUCAUAAUCCUGGGAGAAGGGACUGUAGAACCUUUACUGUGGCGAGCACCCAUUUCCUCUCUCGGCUACGUCAAUGCUCAAGUCAGUUUCCAGCUGCCACUUUUCACAGCAUUUCCAGGACAGCUCCACACAAACGUCAAACCUAACAGGCUUAGCUUGAGUGUCUAAUGAUCAGACAGACACAAAAUUUUUAAAAUUAACUCUUUCUAGUGCUUUUAUAGAAGCGUAUGUUCUUGUUAACUGUCACAACUGUGUUCAUAGAGACAUUGACACUAUGUGCCAUUACUUCUACUGGGUUAAUUCCUCCUACCUGUGGUCGCUGUCUUUGUAAACAAAACUCUUAAACCAGACCUUUAAGUUGAGUCACAUGCUUACUUACCUAGGUACGUAGAGGUAUAUAGAUCUCUAACUUUCAAGGAAAUUUCCCCUAUGAAUGGCAUGAAAAGAUUUUUUAAUUCUGUUAGUCAUAAUUUCCUAUAUAACAGGAUUAAAAUAAUUUGCCUGCCGGGCGGCGCCUGUGGCUCAGCGAGUAGGGCGCUGGCCCCAUAUGCCGAGGGUGGCGGGUUCAAACCCAGCCCCGGUCAAACUGCAACAACAACAACAAAAAAAAUAGCCGGGCGUUGUGGCGGGCCCCUGUAGUCCCAGCUACUCGGGAGGCUGAGGCAAGAGAAUCGCGGAAGCCCAGGAGUUAGAGGUUGCUGUGAGCCGUGUGAUGCCACGGCACUCUACUUGGAGGGUGGUACAGUGAGACUCUGUCUCUACAAAAAAAAAAAAAAAAGAAAAAUAAUUUGCCUGCCUGGAAAGUUGAGAAUACUCUUGCACAAUCCAAAAUGUGUCUUUAAUUUGAGAAAAAUAAACAUGGUGAAUCAGAAAUAGAAAAAAAAUUUAAAAGGCUGUGCAAAGAGUAUCGGCCAAAUAGAGCUCAGCUGUGUAGCCUUUAAAAUACUUGCCACAAAGCCAGUGAGUUUUACUUCCUGCUUGAUACUCCUCUGGAUGGUCACUUGGACAGGUCUGUGGGGAUGACAAGCAGGACAGCUUUUUACAUCCAUCCGUGAUGUGCUUUCCAAGGCCUGGUAAUGUUUUCACUGUCCCCUGGGGUUGGGUAUGAUUACAGACAGAAUUCCAGGUUCUGUGUUUUUUGCCUUUGACCAGUGUUGUAUUUUAAUUGUUUCUCAGAAUAUGUAUGGGCCCUGGUUGGGACUUUUCAUUUUCUUAGUUUGUAAAGAAAACCAUCUCAGCUCCCCUGAUGAAUCUGGCUCUCUCUCUCUCUGUCUUGGCUGAGAGUCCAUGAUUGGGCCCUGGAGAUCAUGGAGACCACAAGUCAGCUCCUUACAGUACAGCUCAGGGCAUGGAGAUCUUCCCAACCCUACCUUUUCUAUAUGUAAAGUGUUUCUUCCAGUUUUCCUGGGGGCUGACUCUUGAGUUUAGUGGCUACUGGAUCCUUGCUCAGACAUCCAAUUGGCAAAGUCCUUUUUUGUUUGUUGUUUUCAGUUUUCCAUUUGCAGAAAAAUGGCAUUCAGCUAAUUUGCUAUUUCUAAACUGUUCCCAGACAGAUGUGUGAAAUCUGAACCUUCCCAAGGGCUGCUGUAGGUUCUACCUUUUGAGGGCCACAGUUAGGAUGACUUUGCUACAUUGAAAAACUUGAAAAUUGUGUUAGUAAUCAUUUACAUCAAAGCCAAAUUAUAUUUGCUUUAUACCAAACAGAAUUGUGGAGGCCUAAAUGUAUAUUGUACAAAAUGUUUGUAGUGUUUUGUAUGUCACCUGUUUCAGUAUUUAUGUAACUAGAUUAGUGCUUUCUAGAAAAUGGUUGUUAAAUAAUUUAGUGAGUCACUGUUAAUUCUGCUGUGGCAAGAAAUUGAUACUAUAUAAUUAAUCCUGUGGAUACCUUCUGGUUACUUCAAGCAGCUUUGGUAAGCAACUAUGACUCUUGAUCUGCAAAAGUAAAAUAAAUGUUAAAUAUGUCCUU